AUGAUUUCGAAAGCGACUGCUUUAGUGUCGACUUCCCAACGGAAGUCAAAGAGCACCGCCAGAAAUAAUAAAGUUUAUGUGAAUUCUUCGCGUGCUGCUGAUCCCGGUGUCAUGCAUGACAGCCCCCCGGUGAAUAAACUGCAUCUUGAAUUAUUCCAUCACUUUAUUACCGAUAUCUUGACGUUCCUUGGCCUCGACAAGUUCACACCCGAGGGCUCUGCUAUCGACAUGACAAAGUAUAUUCUGUCUUCACCAUUUCUUAUGAACCAAGUUCUUGCAUUCGCUGCAUUACAUCUCAGCAUCACUCAACCGGCGAGACAGGGGUUCUACCAAUAUCAUUCGUCCCAGCUUCAAACACACGCUCUUUCUGAAUUUAAUAGCGUCAAACUUGGCGUGUCCGCUGAAACUUGUGUCCCUAUGUUUCUUUUUUCUUCAUGCCUUGGAAUGCAUGUCCUCGCCGAGAAGCUACUGUUUCGCCCGGAUAGCUUUCAAACGUUUCUCGAUGACUUUAUUCAGUCGUUGAGAAUGCAUAGUGGCGUCCGUGCAGUUUCCGGCCAAUCAUGGCAUCUGCUUUUGCGGUCACCGCUAAAAUCUCUGCUUGAAAAUGAAGGAAUGAUGUUAGAUCAAAGUACCUCUGGUAAUGAGUGCCUCGGGCUUCUUGCUCAUGUGGAUACGAUGCUUGACCCAGCGAUCAGCUCUAUUUACCGACAGGCGAUUGAGCACUUACAAAAAGCUUAUAAUGCGAGUCGCUCUCCUUCAUCAAACUUCUCCAGAAUUGGCCCGAUAAUUUUCUGGCCAGUCACUAUAUCCUCGGAUUACAUAAAUCUGCUUACGGAGCGUCGACCGGAAGCACUUGCUGUUUUGUCAUACUUCGGUGCCCUCCUACACAUGCACAAUGAGAUGUGGACUUUUGGUGACAGUGGUCUUUAUAUCAUUGCUUCAAUCAAUCAUUACCUUGGGUCCGAGUGGGAGAGUUGGUUGCGGUGGCCGAAUACGUUUAUUCAAGAUGAGAUGUGA